GUGCCGCGGGGGGCGGGGCGGGCGGCGGGAGAGCAGCGUAGGGAGCGGACGGGCCGGGCCGGUGGCGGUGGCGGGAUGAGGAUGCGCGGGCUGUGGGUGUUGGUGCUGCUGCUGGGGCUGGCUCAGAUCGCCCUCCUGGCGCGGGGCGCGGCGGCACAGGAGGAGGAUGGCGACGGAGAAUCUGUUGGAAAAGAAGCUGAUGAUGAUGGCGAUGAUGAUGACGAUGAAGAAGAUGACGAAGAUGAUGAAGAUUCUGUAGUUAAAGAAGAAAAUGGUGUAUUAGUCUUGAACGAUGCAAACUUUGACACCUUCACUGCAGACAAGGAUACUGUGCUGCUGGAGUUCUAUGCACCAUGGUGCGGGCACUGCAAACAGUUUGCUCCUGAGUAUGAAAAGAUAGCCAAAACUCUGAAGGAAAAUGAUCCUCCUAUUCCUGUAGCCAAAAUAGAUGCUACUGCAGCCACUUCACUGUCAAGUCGUUUUGAUGUCAGUGGCUACCCAACCAUCAAAAUCCUGAAAAAAGGCCAAGCUGUUGACUAUGAUGGGUCUCGGACAGAAGAUGCUAUUGUGGCCAAAGUCAAGGAGGUUUCUGACCCAAACUGGACCCCUCCACCCGAAGCUACUCUGGUAUUGACCCAGGAUAAUUUUGAUGAAGUUGUGAAUGAUGCUGACAUUAUCCUGGUGGAGUUCUAUGCCCCAUGGUGUGGACACUGCAAGAGGCUUGCUCCAGAAUAUGAGAAGGCUGCCCAGGAGCUCAGCAAGCGCACACCUCCCAUCCCCCUGGCUAAAGUCGACGCCACAGCUGAAACUGAGCUUGCAAAGAAGUUUGAUGUUACUGGCUACCCAACUCUCAAAAUCUUCCGCAAGGGCAAACCUUAUGACUACAGUGGUCCACGGGAAAAAUACGGUAUUGUCGACUACAUGAUUGAACAGGCUGGUCCUCCAUCCAAACAGAUUCAGGCUACCAAGCAGGUACAGGAAUUUCUGAGGGAUGGGGAUGAUGUCAUCAUCAUUGGUGUCUUUAGUGGAGAGAAUGACAAAACUUAUCAGCUCUAUCAGGAAGCAGCCAAUGGUUUGAGAGAAGAUUAUAAAUUCCAUCACACCUUCAGCAACGAGAUUGCAAAACUAUUGAAAGUGUCUCCUGGAAAACUGGUUGUCAUGCAGCCAGAAAAAUUUCAGUCAAAGUAUGAGCCUAAGAUGCAUGUUCUGAAUCUUAAAGACUCUACAGAUGGAUCUGAGAUUAAAGAGCACGUGCUAAAACAUGCUUUGCCCCUAGUUGGUCAUCGCAAGCUUUCCAACGAUGCCAAGAGAUAUUCUAAGCGUCCUCUAGUGGUCGUUUACUAUUCUGUGGACUUCAGUUUCGACUACCGUGUUGCUACCCAGUACUGGAGAAGCAAAGUCCUGGAAGUGGCUAAAGACUUUCCUGAAUAUGUGUUUGCUGUUUCUGAUGAGGAAGAUUAUUCUUCUGAAAUAAAAGAUUUGGGCCUGCUUGAGAGUGGAGAGGAUGUCAACGCUGCCAUUCUGGAUGAAGGUGGCAAGAAGUAUGCCAUGGAGCCAGAAGAAUUUGACUCUGAUGUACUCAGACAGUUUGUGCUGGCGUUCAAAAAAGGAAAACUGAAGCCAAUUGUCAAGUCCCAGCCGGUGCCAAAAAACAACAAAGGGCCUGUGAAAGUGGUAGUGGGUAAAACUUUUGAUACCAUAGUGAUGGAUCCAAAGAAUGAUGUUCUCAUAGAGUUCUAUGCUCCAUGGUGUGGACACUGCAAGAAACUAGAACCAGUGUAUAAUGAGCUAGGUAAAAAAUACAAGAAUGAGAAAAAUCUGAUUAUAGCCAAGAUGGAUGCUACUGCCAACGAUGUGACAAAUGAUCACUACAAAGUGGAGGGAUUCCCCACCAUCUACUUUGCUCCGAAGGACAAGAAGAACAACCCUAUUAAAUUUGAAGGCGGGGACAGAGAUUUAGAGCAUUUGAGCAAAUUUAUAGAGGAGCAUGCAACAAAACUCUCCAGAACAAAAGAAGAGCUUUAGAUAAGAUGAGGGUGGAGAAGAAAAAUUGUUUGUACAAUGUAGUUAAAAUCGAGUUACUGACAAAACUUGGUGAGAGAAGAAUUAAGCAGUUUUGAGCAAAGAGAUUCUUGAGCAGUAAAGCAAUUGCAGUAUCUUUUUUUUUUUUUUUUAUAUGGCAGAUGAGGUUUUUUUUUCUGGACACUGAACUUAAUACUCUAAUAUGAAUGUCUUAUGUUAGUUACUGUUUUGAUCUUUGGAGAAAAAUACAUCCUUUAUUUUUUGUGACUAUCUUGAGCUCUAUUCUUUGACUCCAAUGCAGCUGUUUUUAAGUUAAAAGAUACCACCAAAAAAAGAAAAGUAGAUCCCUCAGACAAACGGAUUUAUCUUAUUUAUUGUUAUGGUUACUGGGGGGAGCAGUCUUUUCUGUUAGUCUUUUCUUUAUGUUUCUGUGUACCUAUUUAUAUGACUCUAUCACUGUAUUCAUAGCUAAGGAUAAGAAUGGAGGUUUUCUAAAGUGUGGAUGAAUUAUUUGGUCUUACACCAAGAACACAGGAACUUGCUAACUAAAUAUGCUUUAGACCUGUUUUAGCUUUGUGUGUCUCUGUAGAGAGUAUGAUGCUAAAGCAGCAAGUUUUUCUAAUGUACCUCUCUUUACUAGUCUUUAUUGACCCAUUUACAUCUUAGUCUUCCUAGAUAUGUUUUGGUGUAAUUGGAGUAUGGCAGAAAAAGAGCAUCUAGUGGGUGGAAAUGCUGGGAUUCUGGUUCAGAUCUAUGUGUUACUGUCUCCUUUCCUUUUGCAGAGAGGAAAGUUUGAUUCUUCUUUGGGUAAGCAGACUGAGACCUUUUAAUGGCCUUCAUUACUCUAGCAGGAAUUGCAGGUACAAAGAAUAAUCCCAUCUUCUGUGUGCCCCUCUUUGAAGCAUAUGCAUUUAAAAGUGGGUUUUUGUCUUGAAUGGUCCAUUUUAGAUAUGUCCAUAAAUUUAGGGGCCUUGUUGAGGUUGCAGACUUACAUGCUCUAGAAGCACUGUCUUCCUCUUCUCAGAGGUGCUGUGGUGUGUGCGACUUGAAUGUCCCUGAAGCAGUUUUGAUUCACAUUUUGAUUUACAGGUAGUUUUUCUCCUGGCAGCACUGCUUUCUGUCUUGAAAAAUAUCACCAGUCUUCAUUCAGUAAUUGCUUGUUGCAUUGGUUUUAAGAUUUUUGGAGGGUGUGCAAAUCUAAAACCAUUACCCAAUCUUUUUUGGCUUUUUAUUCUGAGGAGAUGCAUUCUUCUGUAUAGUAAGGAUAAACCCAUGUCCAGGGAGUGGCUGUUCAGGUAGAGUCUGAGGACCCAAAAGAGGGAUGCAAGGGGUACAUAGUCCUUAUACUUUCCUAUUGCACUUGUCAUCCCUGUUGAAGGGAUGUGCUUCCCUUCUGCCUUAAUGGGGGUCUGUCCCCCACUGUUAACAACCCACACAGCAAACCAUAACUAUAAAAUUCUUGCAGAGGUGUAUGGGACUACAUGAUGGUCUUCCCUUAAUUAAUGGUUUAGCCAAGGAUAGUGAACAAAGCUUACCAGUAGAUUAUGAAUGAGAGGGACAGUAUCAAAUCUCCUGGGAGUGCCAGGGUGUGCCUGAAUGCUAUUCAACUCCUGUUGUUUAUUAGCAAAAGCUGGGAAAUGCUAAGAAACUAAGUGUUAAAGCAGUGUCAUCAUUUACCUCAGGCCCUGGCAUUGUCCAUCUCCUCCUCUCACAUUAGAGGGCUUUUUUUUUUUUUUCUACUGUCCUUAAGUCUUAAGCCUGUUGAGCUUAGGCUUCAUCUGCAAGACUCUUACCAGGUAAAGUGCAUUAUCUUCCCAUCUACGGUCAUUUCUGUUUGCAGCUCUACUACAGAACUUUCAAAAGUUAUAAUCUAUUCUAAAUGUGUUAUGCAGGCAACAGGAGUGAGAUCAGACUUAAGUGAGCACUAGAGGUGAAUUAUUUUAAGCUUUAGAAAAUAUACAUACAAGCUAAGUAACAAGUUCUGUCCUAUAUGCCAGUGUUACCAACUCAGUUCUUGAAGAAGUAGGCACAGGCUCUUAAAAUCAGUUCUAAAAUAUAGUUCAGGUUCUAUGCCUAAGCAAAUAUGUCACACAACGCUGUGGGGAGCUAAAUUGCUCCUUGUUAGUUGGUUGCAGACUUAAAGGGUUUUAUUCCAUAACAGCUGCUGUCUAACUAACGGGGGAUAUAGAUGAAUAUAGAACACAUAGAAGGAAGGGGGAUGAGUCCCUUAUUGGUGGUGUAGGACUACAGUCAGGGCUGAAGAACCAUUCUCCUUGGGACAGUAAGGAUUAAAGUUGAGCAUUACCAUUUCUCAGCUCUCUUCUGACAGGUGCUAAAUUAUUAACGUUGUCAUUGCCAAUGCUGUACUGUUUAAAGGAUCUGCUUCCUCCCAGCAGCGACCAACAAAACCUCUCGGUCAAAACAGCCUCGAGAGAGCCCCUAUGACAAUAAAAGACACAAGGCCCAAGGAGUGUCCUAGAUAUGCUUGCUCAGUGCUCCUGCCACCUGAUGGGUUUAGGUUAUGAACAGUAGAGGGAAUGAGGAUUUGUUCCAGUCUUACACUGGUGUCACCUGGCCACAUUUCCUGUUAGUUCUUGGCUGUGCCACUCACCUUGGUAUCUUCAUGUCAUAAUAAAUGUAUUUAUAACUUCUACUGGGGGUUCAAACCUGGACAACUUCGUAGCAAGAUGAGGAUACUGUUGCCCCUAAACUUUGGGCAGAGUCAUAGUGGAAAGUAAAUUGCUUUCCAGUUCAAGGAAACUUGAACUAAAAAACUUGAACUUUGCAGCGUGCGCUAUCAACAUCACAUCAAUCCUCUGUGAAACUCAGGGGGAUGGAUACAUGAUGAGGUCUGUAAUCUCUGUACAGAAAGUAAUGUUAAUGUGAUCAAUGCAUUCUAAGGAGAACAGGUCAUACUAUCUUUUGGAAUUUGUUGAAUGCAUUAUGCAUGCCUGCUUUUGCCUUCCUGAGGCAUUAGAAUGCUUUCCUAAACAUCCUAAAUUCUUUUAUUAAAGAGUUACCUAAGUGCUGCUGAUUAGCCUUGGUGUUCCCUUUUUACAGAAGAAAAAAGAAAAAUGCACAGUGUGGGAGAAUAAGGGAGCUUUCCUCACUUCCUCUUAGCCACAGCUGCAUGAGCAUAUAGCAUCAUUUCUGAUUAUGGUUCCAGGUGGAAGACAUACUGCAGUUUAUGCUUCAUCACAGGAUUUGUGUAAUAUUAACCGUCUAUGGAGCCUGGCCUGUUGUGCCUCCCACACAUGCAUCUUCUCAAAAACAAACGUUUCUGUAAACCGUAGUACAUCUUAAAGUAGUGAGACUUGAGACUUAUUCAGGGUCAGCUCCUUUCACUGAAGGGUUAAGGACUAAUGUAUGCAGCAACUGUAGCACAACUGGUUCUUCUUGAGGAUUGAGUAAAUACUGGCCUGGGAUCCUGAUACUGCAUUAAGUGCUAGUUUUUUUGGUAGUGGAAGAGGUUUCUUAACAGUAGAGGAUUUACAAUCAAGGAUGUUACCUGGUUUCUGCUCUCAGCAAUUUUGUUUGUCCAUAUUGCUAAUCAUGGUAGUGCCUAGGUAUGGCCCAGGAUUUGGCUGGUGGCAAGCAAGCAAGGAGUUGCAGAGCUGGUGCCACAAAGUUUUAUCUGCUCUCUAGUACAUGAGGCUAUGUGCUGAGGGAACAGGUUUCUGGAAAGUAGAACAUGAGUAAAUGAUACAGGUUAAAGACUUCUCAUGAAGUAGCAUUUACUGUAGUGAUCAGACAUCCCUUUCUUUUUUGGUAGGCAAGAGAAACCGCUGCAUACUAUUAGUGUUCUAAAAUGCCUUUUGCUGACAGCCUGCAUUGGUAAUGGACACUGGUCAGGGGGUGGAGUAUUGCAGUCCAUAUGCUCAGCCCUUGAUGUGGGUAGUAAGUCAAAUCUUGUGCAAACUGUGUAAUCUGCUUUGUCAAACUGAUAUAGACUCUGGUAUUUGUUAUGCAACUUGGCUUUAGUUUGCUGUGCUUGAGUUGCAAAACUCCUUUUGUUAGGGCAGAGCAGGGAUCUAUGAGCAACCCUUGCCAAAUUCAAUGCAUCUUAGCAUAGUGGUAGCAUCUUAGAUCAGUUGCCAGGUGUUUCUAAGAUUUCAGCACAGCUUGAAGUGUCACAGGAAUCACUGCACAUCUCUGCAGUGCAUUUGCCAGGGAACGGCCCUCAGUUGCUGACUACAAAGGGCUCCCCUUCUUUUCCUGUCUGGACCUAUGGUGGGUUAUGUGGAGCAUGCAACCGUUGGCAGAAGAAAUGUUUUUCCACCAGGCAUGACAUGUCUUCAUAUCUGCCCAGAAUGCCACUCACAAGUCAAUUGUUUUCGUUCAGUGUCCUUGGAAACUGCUCUGCACUUGAAUUGAAGCCAGCUCCUUUACACAGAGCUCUGCCUGCUCUCAGGCCACAGACUGUUUUCAUGUAAAUGUUAGUGCUGGAUUUUCUGUGUCAGGAGCAGCUGGUUUUAUGUGAAGCCAUUGUGCUGUAAUCUGUCUAAACAAGCUCUGUGUAUACCAAGAAAACUAAAUUAUCAUGUCUUUGUAGAGGCUAGAUGAGGCUGCUUGGUUCUGGAAGGACAUGACCACUCUCCAGUUUCAUUUUUGCAUCCAGACAGUAAAGGAUCUGAACUGUCAACUGGUCCAAAUCCUUUCGUUAGAAAGGUGGGAGUUUCAGUUUCAAAAAUGCUGUUCACAUCUCAAGCUGUAAUUUGGUUAACAGAAACAUAAAGGAGAUAAGCUAUAUUUGAUCCAACCAUGCAAAUAAAACUCUUAUCACAAUCAGUAACCCAAUCCUCUGAAGGAUUCCCACAUGCUGGGUUUUUGAAAAGUCAGUUGUUUCUUCAUAGUGAAAGUUGACACUUAAAAGCCUGGCCUGCAUUAAUAGCCUACUUGCCACUGUCUACAUUAUAGUGGCCUUCCUGAAAUCUAGUAUGUUUUGUCUUACAAUAGGAGAGAAUUAUUUGCAAUAUAACCUGGUAAAAUGCUACUCAGAAUGAUAAAAGCAGAGUAAAAGGAAAAUACAGCAGAAGGUGAUAUCAGGGGAGGAGAAAAAGGUAAAUUAUAAAUUUCCCUAAAGUUAAAGAAAUCAAGGCUAGACAGGGCAAUUUACUCUGCUAAUCUUGUUUGUUUACAUAUCUGACCACAAGUUCUCUGCUGUUGCUUUCCAUAUUCAAUUUUUCAUAUUCAUAAUAACUUGCAUUUAACCUAUGGACAAGUUCCAAACAAAGUGCAAUAUAAACAAAGCUUCACAGCUCUCCUGAGUGCUGCUGCUGCACUAAUACUGAUUUCUGAACCAGAGAAUGCAUUCAGGAAAUGUUAUGUGCCAGUAGAAAUUGAUACUACUGCUUUGAGUAAGGAAGGCAGUUUUGAGUUCACUCGCCAUGUGAAAUAUUUAAUAUGUAACUUUGCUGAGUAACUUUGGACAGUGACUGUAGUGAUGUAUUUUCAUGUGGGGGUUGGCUCUUCUUUUGUGAUUUUGAGUUGGUUUUGGUCUUUUUCAGUCUCCAGAUAACUACUAAAAGAUAGAAACUACAACUUCACUACUUCAGUUAAGCUGUAGCUUUUCCCAGCCAGCAGAUUUUCACAGAGGGCCUAGUGACAAGAGGGUUGGGCUUCAUUUAAGCUCCUUUCCCUGAGUCUGGAGGAGCCAUAAUAGAGCACCUGAUUUCAGCAGAUGCAAAUCGACAGAGCUGUUUAUUGGUGUACUGAGUCCAUGGAAAUGUAAGUGGCCUUACUAUAAUCUGCCUGCCUCUUUAUUUUUCUCAAAGAUAACCCUUAAUGUUCAAUUUGGACAAACCAGACAAUCUUUAAAUAGAAAAAUCACAUUUUAAAUUUAAAAAACGGGUCACGGUGGGCUUUGGUUUAUUUCAUUCUUUCACUUUCAAAGUGCACCAUAAAUGUUAAUCUCCUUGAAAGAUGCUGUUUGCCAUAGAUACACAGUGGGUGGAAGAGUAGUACUUGCUCAUAGGAAAAUGUCCAAAAGAACAGCUAAGGAUCAAGAAGUCCUUUGAUCACAGUCCUGUUGGUAACAGCUUCAGUGGUGUGAUAAAAUCAGUGUUGUUUGGAAUUAUUUUCCUAACAAUGCAGCUUGUUUUGCUGACAAUUAUAGGAAUGGUCGAACUUCAUUGUCACAAGACAUCCGGUACUUGAACACUUCAACCUGAAAAGGAACUGUGGAUAUUUAAGGAACAAGUCAUCCUCUUGUGCAUGAAGCACUGCACUUUGAAAGGCCAGACCUAAGUCACUGAUGGGAAAUAUGCUGCUUGGAAAGGAAAGAGGAAAUUAGGACAAUGUGUAAAGAUUACUACAUAUAUGUAGGUGAACCACAGGCAGUACCAAGCAAUUAUGUGCGUUUGCCACUAGUGAAUACAGAUCAAUAACUAUAGAGAGUCAAAAGAAAAAAAAAGAGAGAAAACAUUAGCCUGUGAAAUGCAUCAGCUCGGAUAUACAAUAAGUAGAACUGUACAAAAAUGUUCUACUGAGAAUUGUAGAUCUUGGGAUACUGUUUAGUGGGGGAAAAUAACAUUGCCACAAAACUCUUUUGGUUAGAAACAUUCCUUGCUUUCAUCUGGUAACUGGCUGAAAUCAAUAACUGUAGGUGUAGAAGAAGAGAAGAAGGUACAGGUGACCUUGCCACUGAUAAGUCACAGUUGUACUAAUUACCAAAGAAGAGGAAUAGCCUUGCCCUUAAUGGCUUGCAGCUGUAACUAGAUAAAUGUGAUAAAGGUAAAUGUGAUAAAAGGGGUGGGUUUGCUGGUCAGGAGAAUCUUGGUGGUAGAGGGCCUGGAGAAAGAGGGCCUCUUGAGGAGGUCAAGGGGCCCUGAGGAAGAAGGAACAAUUUAGAGAGACACAAAGAAGAAUGAAACAAGGAAGAGAGUUGCUGCUGUAAAAGAUCUGCUAUGAGGUCAGUCUGGGUCUGAUGGAGUCAGAGCCUGCUGUUGGAGCCUGCAGUUGUAGUCGAGCUAGGUAAAGACCUGCAUUCAGAGUCUGCAAACCAAUGCUUGCAGUCAUAGUGCAGCAGGAAAUAGCCAGCAGUCAGUCUGCAAUUGGGCUGUACAGUGAGAUCUUGCUGUAGUCAGAGUCAGGAUGGCUAAUGUGUAACAAAGAGUAAACCAA